UGCCGCACGGAGAGGAGCCCGCCGGAGCCGCCGCGCCCCACCACGCAGCCGACAUGGCAUCCAAAUGUCCCAAAUGCGACAAGACGGUGUAUUUCGCGGAGAAGGUGUCGUCUUUAGGGAAAGACUGGCACAGGUUCUGCCUCAAGUGCGAGCGCUGCUGCAAGACCCUGACGCCCGGCGGCCACGCUGAGCACGAUGGGAAGCCGUACUGCCACAAGCCGUGCUACGCCGCGCUCUUCGGACCCAAAGGUGUGAACAUCGGCGGAGCUGGCUCCUACGUCUACGACACUCCCGUUAACGAAGCCCCUGCUGCUGUUUCCAUGGAAACCCAAGCCAAACCGGCGGAGGAGAAGCGAGCUCCCGCCCGGGGCCCGGUGAAGGCCGCCAGCUUCUCGUCUUUCUCCGGAGGGCCGAGCGUCUGCCCGAGGUGCAACAAGACCGUCUAUUUUGCUGAGAAGGUGUCGUCCCUCGGGAAGAACUGGCACCGGCCCUGCCUGCGCUGCGAGAGGUGCAGUAAGACUUUGUCCGCUGGCAGCCAUGCAGAGCACGAUGGACAGCCGUACUGCCACAAGCCCUGCUACGCCGUGCUGUUCGGACCCAAAGGUGUAAACACUGGAGGCGUGGGCAGCUACAUCUAUGACGAGCCCGAGGCCGAGACCGAGGCGCAGCCCUGAGCCCAGAUGAAGCCUCGACCUCCAGACCACGACUGGCCUGUUUCUGCCCUCCUCCUCCUCCUCUCAUUAUUCUCCAUCGUACAUCUGCGUUCGGGACGGUGCUCGCUCCUGUCCUCUGUCAUUUUGCCUUCGACCGUAACGUGCACCGCACUCACAGGGACGGAUAGUUAGACGUUUAUGUUGUAUUUGUAUAUGGUUUAGAUAUCUAUUUUUUGUACUGAAACAAAUCUUAACGCGUCCUCCCGGGUGAGAUCUAGACUUGCCUUUAAGGUUUUUGGGUUCUCGUUUUGCCAAAUCAGUCGCCUGUUACAUGGUGAAGUCAUGAAAGCACCUGUGUUUUUUCCACUCCAGGUAGUUGUUUUUCAGGCAUUUUGUGCACUUAUGAAUAUAAUAUAUAUAUUUAAAAAAAAAAAAAACAAGGCAAAUGCCCUUCAUUGUGUUGCCAGGUU